UAACAUGGUCUUGCGGUCUCGAGAUUCUCAACAUCCCACUAAAGUGCACAUCAUUGAGGCAUAUCUGCAUCAGCGCUGCCUGCAGUCACACAGUGUCGUCACGCACUCAGCUUUCUGCACAAGAACAAGUGCGGGGAAACUGAGGCAACAAAGUCAACUCCAGUUUCUUUGGUCGACGUGGUGAGAAGGACGACCGACAGUUGCAGCUUCUCUGCUUUUACUGACGAAUACCUGAAGUGCACCAGCAGGAAACGCAGAGCAUGAAGAAAGCUCAAAAUUCGGGUACAGCCCUGAAGAGGUCCUUUGAGGUAGAGGAUGUUGACACUUCAUCUCACUCUUCACCCGGCUCCCGCCGGACAACCAACUCACCUCACCGUAACGCCAUGUCUCCCACCAGCAUCUACUAUCGUGACCUCGGUUCUGCCACCCCGGCCACUAACAACAACAACCUCAACUAUACCCAGCCCCGCUCUAUCAUGGGUGGAGGAGGUUCCAAGACUCCGGAGCCUGUGUCCCGCCGUUCUGAACUCUCUAUCGACAUCUCUUCCUCCAGCAAGCAGGUCGAUAAUGUCACCAGCCCUGCUUCCGCACGCUUUGUGAGCAACAGCGCCCUGAAACGCCCAGAAGUCCUGGGGCACUCCAAGACGCCCGAGACAAGCCACAAGAGGGAGGUGACUUUUGCCAAGACGCCAACUGACUCCCCGGUCACACGCCGCAAUGAGAGCAGCAUGAACAACAACGGGACCAGCCGAGCCCCUGAGCAAAAUCACACCCGCAAGUUUGAGCCCCCUAAUCCAGGGGAUAUCCGUAAACCUGAUAUCAGCAUCACUAAACCACCUCCCGAGAACAAUGGCCACCAUCCAGCAGUGCACCACCCGCACCACCCCAACCCUCACCACAACACCAUCGUCACCACUUUCCGCUGCUCCUCGCCUAACCAUGGACGCAAAUCCCCCAACCCUGACAGGUCAGAGGUCAAUCUGAGCCAUAGCAACAUGUCUGAAGCCACCAAGCCCCAACCUCAAGCUAAGGGGGAGAAGACCCCGAUCAGCGACACCAGCUAUGUGGGCAUCGAUGCCAUCCUGGAGCAAAUGAGGAGGAAGGCCAUGAAACAAGGCUUUGAGUUCAAUGUCAUGGUUGUGGGGCAAAGCGGCCUGGGAAAGUCCACUCUGAUGAACACGCUGUUCAAAUCCAAGGUGAGCCGUAAGUCUGUGCAGCCCAACGUGGAGGAGAGGAUCCCCAAGACAGUCGAGAUCAAGUCCGUCAGUCACGAUGUUGAAGAGAAAGGCGUUAGGAUGAAGCUAACAGUUAUUGACACUCCUGGCUUUGGGGAUCAAAUCAACAAUGAAAACUGCUGGCAACCCAUCAUGAAGUUCAUCAAUGACCAGUAUGAAUCCUACCUGCAAGAGGAAAUCAACAUUAACAGGAAGAAAAGGAUCCCAGACUCCAGGGUGCACUGCUGCAUAUACUUCAUACCUCCCACUGGCCACUGUCUUAGGCCUCUGGAUGUGGAGUUUAUGAGGCAUCUCAGUAAGGUGGUCAACAUCGUUCCUGUCAUUGCCAAGGCCGACACGCUCACCCUGGAGGAGAGGGACUCCUUUAAAAAGACGAUUAGGGAAGAGCUGCGAGCCAAUGGGAUCGAUGUUUAUCCUCAGAAAGAGUUUGAUGAGGAUGCAGAGGACAGGAUGAUCAAUGACAAAAUCAGGGAGAUGACCCCUUUUGCUGUGGUGGGCAGCGACCAGGAGUACCAGGUGAACGGAAAGAGGAUUCUGGGAAGGAAAACAAAGUGGGGCACCAUAGAGGUUGAGAACAUUGCACACUGUGAGUUUGCUUAUCUCCGAGAUCUCCUAAUCAGGACACACAUGCAGAACAUCAAAGACAUCACAUGCAGCAUCCACUAUGAGACGUAUCGUGUUCGCCGGUUAAAUGAAUCCAACAUCCUUUUCACCUCUAACCCGCCUGACCAUCCUACUGUUCAGCCAAAGGCCAAUGGCCAGCCCGAGGAGCAGCCCGCCACCCCGCAGCCAAACGGAGUCGCUGCUCAGCACGAAGCCUUGUCCCACGAGAUGUAGAGGGUCUAAUGUGGAGCCAAAUUGCCAAUUUAUGAUAUCAGGACACAGCUUGGCACAAAGCGUACACUCUCUUGCAUAUAUUCUGUUUACAAAAACAAGCCCAGAUGUACACAAACACACACACACACACACACACACACACACACACGCAUUCAUGCUGUGAAGAUCAUUUUUAUUACCAAGAAGGACUACCUAACUACAUCUUUUAAUUUAUCAGGAAGUUACAAGAAACAGAGCGGAGAGUAAAUUCCUACAUUUUUCCAUCCAUGGAGCUGUUUUCUCAUCUUUUUACAUCAUUACAGUUGAAAGCAAAAUCACAUCCUCGCUGUGGGCCACAAUAUCAUACAGUGAUCUAUUUCUUUCUUACUUUCUUUUAGUUCGUUUUCCCGUCAUGAUAACUGUCAAGUCCAAUCUACAUUCAGGAUUGUUUACAGAAAUCCACAGAAGUCAUCCACACACACAGAUAAUCGAAAUUAUGGGUCGACAGAAGUGUUGGCGAGCCAAGGCUGCAGGAGAAAUGUCAUGUUGCAGAGUACAGUAGAGCUUUUGAGAUGACAGUAGAUUAGCUCUAAACUACACCUAACUUAGUGCCACUGACCCAGUAAGACUUGUGUUGUGGUGUAUAGUAUUGUAUAGUCGCUAGGGUUAAGUAGGGAUAUGUAGAUUAGGCUUAUAGUGUUACAGAGAAAGUAAAGAUAUUGUUGACACCUCCGCAUUGUAGAAUUAAACAGACAAGCGGUAGCAGUGUGGAGUAGCUUUUGGAAACAACGAGUCUUGUAAUUUUCCAGUGUUUUUAGGAUGUUUUUUAAAACCCUCCCCCCUUUUUUUUUUUUGCCAAACAAUAUUGUCUCUUUCCAUAUAAUGCCAAUGUUGUGUAAUACAGUCAUUUUGCAUUGCUCUUGUACUGUUGUAUUUUAAUUGCUAAUGUUCUAAUUUUAUUGUGUAAGAUGGGGGUGCAACUGUUAUCCCAUGCAGCCGUUUUGUCCUUUUUUUCUGACCAAAUAAAAGUCCAUUUUCUUUUCUAAAGAGAAGCACAUACAGUAUACAGUAUAGAUCUGAUUUUAUCAAUAGGUAUUUAUGUGUGCGUUUAAUGUAAUCACUUUAAUUCAUCGUUGAUUCCAGCUGUUGGCUUCCGGUUUGUUGCAGGUCUUAACCAGUGAUGAUAAUUUAGAUUUAGAAUAUGUUUGGGUUUUUUGUAUCAUGCAGUAUUUUGUACGCUGUUUGUGAGACUUUACCGUACCUGGCAACCAGUAACUUUCCAAGAAUUGAUCAUUUUGUACAUUGAAUUUUAUUAUUUACAAUCAGUCAUGCCAACAAAUAAUGGGAAGACGGUGACUUUUACAUUGCAAGCUUACAUCAUUUCAUCAGAGGCAGAUGUUCUGCCACAACGGCGAGGGACAAUUUGUACCUAAAAGCCUGAAAUGAUACCUCUAAAUGUUGCCUGUCAUAUCAUAUGAUAUACAUCACGUGAUUAUAUUCUUUGGGGGGGGGAAAGUAUUUUUAAAAGCUCAUGGGAUAUUUUAUAGAGACUACAUCUAAAUGUACCAUUCUAAUUUCCAAAAGAGAGUCAACAGUAUAAUUGAAGUUAAAGAUAUUUUCAUUACUUAAGAGUAAAGAGAAGAAAAACAAAACUAUUGUUUAUCAAGAGAAAGUUAUUGGGUUACACUGUUUACCGUUGUAUAGUUCUUGUGUAAUUUGUCAUGGUAUUAUAGAUCAAGGUUUAUCUUUGAUAUGCUAUCUCAAAGAAUAA